AAUGUAACGGAAGCAGUGACUCAAGAACAGAUGUAGCAAAACAGAGCUUAGGAAAUGAAUCAAAUGCAAGUAAUAGUACAACAGUUGUUGGACAUAGUCAAGAACUGCACAGUAGACAAGAGGAUGUAUGUGCUCGAGAAGUUGCAAUACAAGCCAACGAUUAUGAUAUUGAAAGGAUCUCAAGUUAUCUGCCAGCUCGUAAAAGAUACAUCCCACUUAAAUUUAGUGAUUAUCGGAUAUUUGCUGGGGGCUCUCAGACUGCUGAGAAGGAAGAGGAGAAAGAAGAAGAAGAAGAUGAGGAUGUCACCUUUAAUCCAGACAAACAGGAUAAAAAGCCUUUGAAGUCAAAAAGUGGAAGAGGAAGAGGCAGACCAAGAAAGAAUGGUUCUGAAGGAGUAAACCAAGAAAGAGAGAAGAAAACAACCAUAACGAAAGUUCCUUCUGGUUUCAAAUGCGGGAUAUGCGCUCGUAUUUUCUCAUUGCGAGGAAAUGCCAAGGCUCAUCUGAUUACACACACAGAUCAGAAACCAUUUGCUUGCGACUUUGAAGGGUGUGGAAAACAGCUGAGAACCAAGGAGAGUUUGCGGAGACAUCAGCUGAGUCAUUUGGGAAUAAAGAUGUUUGAAUGUGCAGAGUGCAAGAAGAAGUUCAGUAGUAAUGCCAGCCUCCUGGAGCAUAUGGCCAGACACACUGGGGCCAAGCCAUUGUCCUGUAAUGUGUGUGGCAUCAAGUUUCGUCAGCUGGCAGUGCUCAAACGUCACAUUGCAACACAUUCCGAUGACAAGCCAUUUGCCUGUGGGAUAUGUGGGAAAAGAUUUGCUAUGAAGGUCUAUGUUCAGUCACACAUGAAAAUACAUACAGGCGAAAGACCAUUUACUUGUGAAACCUGCCAUAAAUCAUUUGCCCAUGCAUCUGAUUUGAAUCGUCAUAAAAUUAUACAUACAGGGAAAAAACCAUAUGCAUGUUCAGUAUGCUCGGUGCGCUACAGUGAUGCAUCAAGCAGGAGGCGGCAUGAACGAGAGCACCAGAACAAACCACAGUAUAUGUGUCAUAUCUGUGACCAGUACUUCACACGUGCUGGGCAGCUGCGAAGUCACCAUAUGAGGGAGCACAACUCAGAAAUGGAAACCUUAUUUGAGUUUCAGGUGAUGGAUAAGGGGUCACAACAAACAACUGUGGUGAGGCAAGAUGAACAAAGUGAGGAUGUUGUAGCCCCCAUGCCUGUGUCUGAACAGAUCCUGCUAGAAACAUCUCCAUUGGUACAG